CCGUUAUCAGCAUACCGGCGGACACUAGAUGAACCGACUCUGGACAGUCGCAAGCAUUCUCGUUUUCGUUCAUCAUACUUCGUGGAAUUGCACCUUUCCAGACUGUGGCUGAAGUUUUGGGGAUUAGGUAUGAUAGGAGAGUGGAUUUGUCAAAAUUAGUAUUGAAGACUCCAUUGAUGCUUACUCUGCAUGUGUUUGAUGCUUUGCUAUGUGUCUCAAAGCUCCGUGAAAGCUUUUGUAUGAGUCGAGCUGUUCAUUCCCAAUAGUCCGGCUGAGACAGAUAAAUACAUUGGCUCCGAUCCCGCAGCUCCUCGGGAUUUUAGAUAUCUAGAUCAUCAUCUUCUUCUUCGACAUAGGUAUUCGCCGCAGCCUUCAUACCUCUAGCAAACUUUGAACCUACGCAAUGUCUUUGAAGAAAGUCACUCUCGUUGGUGCCAGUGGCAACGUUGGCACAGCCGUUUUGCCCGAGUUGCUCAAGUCUGACCUCGAUUUGACCAUUCUCAGCCGGGAGGGAUCUUCUGCAAUCUUCCCCCCGGGAGCCAAUGUUAUCAAAACCGACUACAGUGAAGAUUCCCUAGUGAAGAUUCUUGCAGGUCAAGAUGCGGUUGUCAGCAUGCUCCCGAUCAUGGCUCUCGGAGAGCAGCAAAAGAUUGCUGAGGCCGCCAUUAAGGCAGGCGUCAAGAGAUUUAUUCCCAGCGAAUAUGGAUCCGACUCUGCGUCUGACGAGGUUAUUGCAGCUGUCCCGUUUUUUCAGCCAAAAAAGUCCCAUCUUGGCUGGCUCGCAGACAAGGAGGAUUUGAUCAGCUGGACUGCCGUCAUUACUGGGCCUUUCUUUGAUUGGGGCUUGAAGCUUGGAAUGACAGGCUUCGACUUUGUUACCAAGACUGCGACUCUAGUCGAUGGCGGUAAGACUCGCUUCACAACAAGUAACACGGCACAAAUUGGUCGGGCCAUCGUUGCAGUUCUCAAUCAUCCCGACGAGACCAAGAAUCAGCUUGUUUUCACGGAGUCGUUUACAACGACUCAACUCGAAGUCUUGGCCUCUCUUGAGAAGUUGACCGGGGAGAAUUGGAAUCGAGUUGAGGUCAGUUCGCAAGUAAUCAGGGAGGAUGGAUUUAUGAAGCUUGGAAAGGGGGAGAUCUUGGAAGGCGGGGCCGCUGUGAUCAUGGCAUUGGUGCUCGGUGAAGGCGGGCUUGAAGAUCAUACACACGUCAAGGGUGGUAUUUGGAAUGAUCGCCUAGGUUUGAAGACUGAGAGCAUUGAUGAGACUGUUCAGGCAGUACUCAAUCUGUGAUUGUGGUUCGAGAAAGCUUACCGUUGCUUCGCAGACCGCGUCGUUUCAGUUUUUUGCCUGUUUCGGAGAAUUUUAUUCCAAAUCACCUCGGUCUAUUAUAUUUUGAAAAAUUGGAAUCAUCAACUUCGAGUUUGUAUCUCUCAACUGAUGCUUGACUAAGUAGCCUAAUGACUAUGGCCUUGCUGAGUCGAUAUAAUUCUGUUAAAGAAAAGACAGUAUCUACAAUUGAUAGUCUCAUUCACUCUGCCG